AUGUUCCUCGUUCUUCUUAUCAGUUUGGCAGUUACUGCAUUGGCAACAGACACGUUUCAAGUGAAAGAUGUGCAGGGGUAUCUAAAACUGGUAAACGACCGCGGUUACACCCAGUGCUGGGGCUCCAACGUGACUUACUUUGUUGCUAGACCGGAACAAGAGUACUGUUAUAGCCAACAGUACUCUGCUCUCUGUACACAUGAUCCCUUCUUCUACCAAGUUUGUGGGGCUGUUAAUGCCACUGCAUGCGAGAAUCAGUACGUUUUUGAUAAGGAUUAUUCUCUCUGUGGCUACCAUGUUUGCCAAUAUCCCUCAUCUGUUCCCGGAAGGAAUGUCUACCUAAGCGGUAGAUCAAUCGAAUGGCAUUAUGACUGCAACGGCAAGAUAAACUGUUUUAAUCCAGAAAAUUUGGGAAUUGACGAGAAAAUUUGUAAGAAAUUGGAGGACCCUUAUAUUUGCAAUUGGUCAAAGAAGCGCAUUGCAAAGGAAAAGAGAUGUGAUGGAAUCGUAGACUGCCUAGCUGACUCGGCUGAUGACGAAUAUGGCUGCGGCCACACCUACGGAAUGGACUGUAACUAUUACGAUUACCCUGAUCACCACAGAUGGCAGCCUCCGCGAUAUGUCUGCAUCCCAGCUGAAAGCAAAAGCUCGUUUAGAUGUAAGGACGACAUUGACGUCAACAAAACCUUAUGUGAAGAUCAAAAGAUUGGCUGGUGCCGUUGGAGACCCAGCUAUGCAAGGAUAGACGGUGACAUUAAGAUAGCUAACAGAACACUGACAAAGAACCACAUGUGCACAUUGCUGGAGCCUGGGUUGGCAGGACCCUGUAUUGAUGGCAGAGACCAACUCAACUGCUCGUCAGGUGCUGCUCUUACUUGUAAUGUAAAUCAUUAUGGUCCAUCAACCAUCACUAAAUUGGGUCUCUGUACUGGUUUUGAUACUUGCGAUGAUGGUUUGGAUGAGAUUUGUGAGGUACCAGAGUUUGGGUGCAAAACACAUAAACACACUUUUUGCGAUGGUGUAAAAGAUUGUCCCUUUGGAAGCGAUGAAGGAAGGCUAUGUGACUUUCUGGUAAGUAAUAAAACAUCUUGUGUUCGGAAAGUGAAUUAUGGAGCAAAAGUUUUAAAGAAAAUUCCUAUGGACUGGUUAUGCGAUGGAUUUGAGGACUGUGAAAACGGUAUCGAUGAAGAUAAGAACCACUGGACCGUCUGUGGAAGCCCUUCUACACGUGAAAGAUGUAUUGAAAAAGGCAGGCCUUGUCAAGAAAUGUAUAGAUGUGAUAUCACUGAGUCAACACAAUUUAUUGAAUUGAAGCAUCUUUGUGAUAGUGUCCUUUCUUGUGAGAACGAACAAGAUGUUUGCGCAGAAUCCAGAAAAUUCUCCAAAUUAUUCACAAAAGUAAUUCAGCUUGACGGUAUUAAACGAAUUCUACAGUGCCUUCCUGGAUUAGAAGAUUUGCAAAAGAUAAGUGGUACCUGUAAUGUUUCUGAAGUAGCACAACUUGUGCCAGCAUUUGGAAUAGAUCAACUUCGAGUUGUAACGCCCUCCUCUUUAUCAUCAAACACAUUUUGUGAACAUUCCUUCGGAGAACUCUACGUUUACCUAACUUGUCUUGGCUUAUGUCCUGGAUUAUCUUGCAUCCUGAGACCUAUCAGCCCAAAGAGCUGUUUGACGGGACUGUCUCAAAAAGUCUUUACACUUUCCAAAGACAAGAAGAGUUUGAUUCUAGUUAAGAAGGAUGGGAAUUCUAAAACAAAGUACAGUCACCAGGAGAUGUUCCCAUGUAAUAACGGUAAUUGUGUGCCAUAUGAAAAGGUCUGCAACCUUGCCAACGAUUGUGGCGAUGAUUCAGACGAAUUGGACUGUGCUAACCAUUUCCGAUGUGGUUCGGGAGAAUUCAUCCCUCUUAAAAAUCUGGGGGACGGAAAAAUUGACUGUAGGGAUCAAAAUACGUUUGCAGUGAGGGAAGUUCAAGGAUACCUAAAACUAGUCGGCAACCAAGAUCAGAUACAAUGCUGGGGGUCAAAUGUAACUUACACCAUCUUCAGGCCAGAAAAUGAAUACUGCCUAAACCAACAGUACUCAGCCUUGUGUACGGAUGAUCCUGUGUUCUACCAGGCUUGUGGUGCGAUCAAUGCCACAGUCUGCGAGAAUCAAUGUAAAGAUGAGAUAGAUCUUACUAAGGAGCUGUGUGAAGACCGGGUAAUCGGAUGGUGCUACUGGCAGGCUAACUUUGCAAGUGAACACAGCAUUGAAAAGAGAAACCUUACACAAAACCACAUGUGCACACCUCUUAAACCAGGGAUAACUGGACCUUGUAUAGAUGGUAGAGACCAACUCAAUUGCACUGCAGGAUCUGCAACCUCACUAACUUGCACUGUUGAUAAUUACACCACAAGUAUUACACAUCUUGGCUUGUGUACGGGCUUUGAUAUCUGUGACGAUCGCAUGGAUGAGGUAUGUGAGAUACCAGAGUAUGGAUGUAACACUCACAAACAUACAUUUUGUGAUGGAGUUCAAGAUUGUCCCUAUGGAAGCGAUGAGGGGAGGGUGUGUUAUUUCAUGGUUAGCAAUGAUACAACAUGUGUUCGGAGAGUCAACUACGGAUACGUAGCCCCGAAGCAAAUACCAGUAGAUUGGCUAUGUGAUGGACUAGUUGACUGUGAAAAUGGUAUAGAUGAGGAUAAAAACAACUGGAAUGUAUGUGGAAGCCCACAGACACGUGAACGAUGUAUUGAGAAAGGCAAGCCUUGCCAAGAAAUGUAUAGAUGCGACAUUACUAGCUCAACAGCAUUUGUUGAACUCAAACAUCUUUGUGACGGCAUUUCUUUGUGUGAGAACGAAGACGAUGUGUGCAAAGAAUCCAGAGGAAUCCCAAAACUGUCAACAGCAGUCAUUCAUGUUGAUGGAAUCAAACGAAUUCUUCAGUGUCUUCCAGGGUUGGACAAUUUGCAAAAGAUAAGUGAUAAAAAGGAUUUGAUUCUAGUCAAGAAGGAUGGGAACUCUAAAACAAAGUACAGUCACCAGGAGAUGUUCCCAUGUAAUAACGGUAAUUGUGUGCCAUAUGAAAAGGUCUGCAACCUUGCCAACGAUUGUGGCGAUGAUUCAGACGAAUUGGACUGUGCCAACCAUUUCCGAUGUGGUUCGGGAGAAUUCAUCCCUCUUUCAAGUCAAGCAGAUGGUAAUGUUGACUGUAGAGACCAAAGUGAUGAGUGUGACUCUGAUAGGAAUUCGGACUUUACCUCCUUCUCUUAA